AUGAAUUUGGGAGUUUUGUAUUUAAAUUUGUGCUGCCUUUUCUCUAUCAGCCCAGAUAUCGACCUACCCUCCUGUACAGCAGAAUACAACAAAAGUAGGCCAUCUCUCCCUCAUACGUGUGUGACAGCCAUUGGGUUUAACAUGUACAGUAAAGAUAUUACUUCUUCACAUGCUUUACUUGAUUGCUCUGACAUGCCAUUCUGCUCUCUAACGUGUCUCUUGCUCCUGUUUGCUGUUGAUUUAGCCCCCGUUGCCAGCUCACUAUGUGUAAAAUACACCCACCGUGCUGUUGUGAUCACUGGAGGUCUCCUUGCAUUUUCAGGAAUGGCCCUGGGAUGUCUUGGGCUCAACAUGAUCUGGAUGUAUGCAACAACUGGCUUCCUACAAGGACUUGGGAUUUCCUUUUCAUGGACACCAGCCAUCAGCAUUGUUAGCCAUUAUUUUUCCAAGAAAAGAGCUCUGGCCAAUGCUAUUGCCAGUGCUGGAGAAUGUGUGUUUGCGUUUACAUUUGGGCCAUUUUUCCAGUGGCUGAUUGGUCAGUAUGGAUGGAAAGGUGCCCUCUUGAUCAUAGGUGGCACCCAACUCAACAUCUGUGUCUGUGGAAUACUAAUGCGACCCCUGACAAGCAGCUUCCACCCUGAGGUGAGCCAUCCUGAACCAACACCUGGCAGUGGUGCAUCUAAGACAGACAAAGAAGGGAAGUCUAUCAUCACACACAGAACCUUCAACUGGAUGCUUCUGAGGAGGGCAGAAUUUGUGCUUUACGCCAUGUUUGGCAUACUAGCUGCAAUGAGUUUCUUUGUUCCUCCGUUAUUUUUAGUUCCACUAAGCUACAGCCUGGGAAUAGACGAAUCUUGGACUGCAUCUCUCCUAUCCAUUCUGGCUAUGGUGGAUUUUGCAGGCAGACUGCUAUGUGGCUGGUAUGCCAAUCUCCACCUUACGAAAACUAUUCACUUACUGACAAUGACAAUCACCUUGAUCAGUACUUCCUUGAUGCUUCUGCCACUGGCUAACAACUACCUGUCCUUGGCAAUAUUCACUGGCUUCUAUGGAUUCUUCUUUGGCACAACAGUUGCUGUUCACAUUACAGUGCUAGCAGAAGUUGUGGGCAUGUCAGAUUUUGACAGUGCUUUAGGGCUUUUCAUGCUUAUUCGAAGCACUGGAGGAUUUUUGGGGCCUCCUCUUGCUGGUCUGAUUGUGGACAUGGCUGGAGACUACAGAGCAGGCUUCUACAUGGCAGGAGCCACUCUCAUCCUAGCAGCUGUAUUUUUAGUUGUUUUAGAUCAGUUUCAACAACGAAGUGAAAAAGGAAACCAUACGAGUACUAAAUCAGAAAAAUUAUCAUUACCUUACACUUCCUUCCAUUUUCUGAAACUUCAGAAAAGAAGGUACCAAGACCAUGAUGUAGCGGUGUGA